AAUGAAACAAUAUCGAUGAUGCCAAAUCAACUAUGUUUAUUACAAUUACGACAUUCCUCCAAUAAAAUCUUCAUAAUAUGGCACCACUACAAUAAAAACAAAACAUUAUUUUGCCAUGCUGAUACCCACAGUGAAUUUUUAAAUAAAUUAAUAUUAACUAAAACUUAAUGGAUAAACCAUUUAAAUUUGCCUUACCUUCGCCAAAUUUUAAUAAAAAUAAAGAUGCGUGUAAAGCAAAGCCACACUUUCUUACUCCUUCGGGAAUGUCACUACUACCACGUGAGAAACAACCGCCACCCAUGUAUGGUAAGCAUGGAGCAACAGUCCCAGCCAAAUACCUAAAGCAAGACGUUGUAAAUGAAAAUCCAUUCGUAGCAGCUACACCACCACCACCUCCUCCUGAAAAACAAUAUUGUGAGCCUUGUGAAUUGGAAUUACAUUCGUUGGAAGAUUUAAAACGCCAUCGAGCCCAACAUGAAAAGUGUCCAGUGGCUGGUUGUCUCUAUAGAGGUCAUCCUUCGGUAAUGGACAAACAUAUAAAUGCUCUUCAUGCCUCUGGUUUAUUCGAUAAAUUUAAAAAGCUUAGCACUCCCGAGGAAAUAGCUGCAUGGCGAGCCGAAAGACGUAAAAGGUAUCCCACAUUAGCAAAUGUUUUGUUGAAGCAAAAAGCCCAAGAGCAAAGACAAAAACGUGGAGAACGUUUAGAGGCGAAUAAGAAUCGUUUUGGUAAGGUAAAUGAUAGAAAACGAGCACAGCCCAAUACACAAGACGACAAAAGUUCCGUUGAUGAAAAAAAGCCCAGGGAAGAUAGUAAACCAAAUCCUAAAAAUAACAAAAAGAAUCGUAAAAAUAAACGUAAUCAGAAAAAUCAAGAAACGAAACCGAAAGUACAAAAUGAUGUUAUUAAACAAAUCGAUGAAAAGAAGGAAGAGGAAUCAGAAUUUACAUGUUGUGGUAUUAAAAUGUUUGGUGGAACAAGUCAGCUGAAGAAUUAUAAACAUUUUAGUGACAAGAAAAAAGAAGUCCCAAAUAAUGCAUUAUUUGGUUUAUUGGGGAUGUAUGGUUCUGAUGAUGACGAUGAUAAUGAGGAAUCAGAUGAUAAUGAAAGCGUCACUGAGAACAGUGAAAUACAUAUUGAAUCCGUAAAAGUAAUCGAAGAGAAAAAUAGCAACAGGGAUAACAGAACGAUAGAAACAACGUGUGAAGCUACUGAAUCAAAUGCAAUUUUGGAGACUGAUAAUGGAAAUGUUGAAAAUCGCUGUGAUGCAAAUAAGGAAACAACGAAAGAAGACUCCUCACUAGCAGCUACCAACUCGGAUAUCCAUAAGGAAGUAGAACUAGCUACUACUGAUAUAAAUAAGUCAAUAACAGAUUUAAACGAAACAGCAACUAAAGAUGAAUUAAAUAAAAAUACUAUUAAAAACAACGAAAAUUCAUCCGAUGAAGCUCCUGAAGAAACCGCCAUACAAAGAAGUAUGCCUGAUUAUCCUGCAAAACCUUCAAAUAAUCCAAAGAAUCCGUUUUCUGAUGAACCAGCAGAAAAACGCACCAAACUAACAGAUCAACAACCUACAACAUCUAAGCAAAAAAAAUUAGUAAAACGAAAAUCCGGUUUAGAUUAUCGUAAGGCUCGCUUGCGUAAACAAAAUACUAUGUUGGAAAAAUUACUUGAAACGGAUAUAAGACACGAGAGAAAUGUUUUAUUACAGUGCAUACGUUAUGUAUGUGAAAAUAAUUUCUUUGGCAUUGGCCAAAACAACCAAGAAAAACCUGGUUAAUAAUAAAUUAUAAUAAUAAAAAAUAAA